GAUUCUUGUUGUUGAAUCAGCUAAGAAGAAACAGAGAAAUUAGAUAGGAAACUGGUCGCGAUCGCUAAUUAUAGUUGAAGAUGGCUGAAGGAAAGCGUAGGAGGAUUUCUUGGAAGGGGUUGAAACGGAAGAUAGCUGAAAGAAAGCGUAGGAUGGUUUCUGAAGGACGGAAGGCAUGGAAACAUCUUGGAGGAAGGAAAACCGCCAAGAAAGAAGACAUGAAAGCGAUAGCCGAGGGAAAGAAACCAAUGCAAGAAACGGAAUUCCGCCCAUGUGGCAACCCGUUCGAGUCGUCGUCGACGUAUGAACAUGGUGAAAGCUCCGCUGCGGCUGCAAUGCAAUGCGGUGCUGGUGGUGGUGGUGGUGAUGUUGAUGCACCACAACCACGUGUAGCCGACUACCCUGCCGCCGCCACUAACAUCAAGAAGAAGACGACCCUCAAGAAGCGGGUGCUGCAACCAUUCAAAAUAGCUGAGGGCUUUCUCAAGGAGAAGGUACUUGGCAAAGGCAAAAAAGAGAGUAGACAUGGAAAAUCACAUUCUUCUGCUUCUGCUUCUGGUAGUGGUUCACAGAGCCAGGGACAACAAUCACAGUCUGCUUCUUCUGCUUCUGCUUCACAAAGAGCUCAUGUUCCUCCCCCUGGUGGCCGUCGAUUGAACCCAUCUUCUGCUUCUGCUUCUGGCAGUGGUUCACAGAGACAGGGACAACAAUCACAGUCUGCUUCUGCUGCACAAAGAGCUCAUGUUCCUCCCUCUGGUGGCCAUCGAUUGAGCACAUCCUCACCUAAGGAGGGGAAAUCAACGAAUUAAUAUGAUCCGAAAUCAUGUGCAUGCAAUGCAAGUUAGGAGAGCACGGUUUUUACAUUUGUUAAUAAAUGGGUUGGGUUACAGUCUUCUUUUUAGAAAUGUUUGAUUCUGUUGUUAAUGGGGUUUUUAUCACUGGUCUUGUUCUCUUGGGAAACGUUUAUUUUAGUUUGUUAAGAUGGGUUUUAGUGUUCUUUCAGAAAUGUAUAUGUGUG